GCCGGCUGUAAGCCUGCGGGGGGUGGAGGGAAGCCUGGCCGAGCGACACGGAUGGAGAAGCGGCCAGAGAGCGCACCGCAGCCGAGAGCCGCCGCCGACGACCCUGCUCCCAGAAAAGCGCCCGGACGGCGAGCUGCAGCGCCGAGAUGCCGGGGAUGAUGGAUAAAGGCUCGGAGUACCUGGGCAAAGGCCGCUCGAACGGAACGAAGAGUCCGUCCAACGCCUCCAACGGACAUUUCUCUGAUGAGAGUGGAAGCGACGACGAGCACGAUGUGGGGAUGCGGGUUGGGAGCGACUAUCAGGCUACGAUCCCUGAGUUCGAGCCAGGUUCCACCAAGUACACGGACAAAGACGGCGGCGGGAUGCUGGUGUGGUCUCCGUACCACUCCAUCGCCGACUCCAAACUGGACGAGUACAUCGCCAUCGCCAAGGAGAAGCACGGCUACAACGUGGAGCAGGCUCUGGGGAUGCUCUUCUGGCACAAACACAACAUUGAGAAGUCUCUGGCCGACCUGCCGAACUUCACGCCGUUCCCAGACGAGUGGACGGUGGAGGACAAGGUUCUGUUCGAGCAGGCGUUCAGCUUCCACGGGAAGAGUUUCCACCGCAUCCAGCAGAUGCUGCCAGACAAGUCCAUCUCCAGCCUGGUCAAGUAUUACUACUCGUGGAAGAAGACGCGCUCCAGAACCAGCCUGAUGGACCGGCAGGCCCGGAAGCUGGCCAGCAGGAGCAACCAGGACGACAGUGAUGAAGAGAUGGAGGACGCCAAUCCCAUCGAAGCCAACGACAGCGACUACGACCCCAACAAGGAAGCCAAGAAGGAGAACCCGGUGGAGCCCCCGGUUCCGGGUUCCAAGAUGGCCCUGGGCCGUCGGGAGCACCAGACGCUGCAGCACCGACACCACCAGCGCUCCCGCUGCCGCCCCCCCAAAGGCAUGUACCUGACCCAGGAGGACGUGGUGGCCGUGUCCUGCAGCGCCUCGGCCGCCAACACCCUGCUGCGGCAGCUGGACAUGGAGCUGGUGUCUCUGAAGAGGCAGGUGCAGAAUGCCAAGCAGAUGAACAGCGGACUCAAACACAUGCUGGAGUGUGGGAUCGAGGAGUUCAGGCUGCCUGAGAGCACCCAGAAGGUGAACGCUCGCUGGACCACCGACGAGCAGCUGCUGGCGGUUCAGGGAGUCAGGAAGUACGGGAAAGACUUCCAAGCCAUCGCGGACGUCAUCGGAAACAAGAUGGUGGGCCAGGUCAAGAACUUCUUCGUGAACUACCGGCGGCGGUUCAACCUGGAGGAGGUGCUGCAGGAGUGGGAGGCGGAGCAGGGAACCCGGGCUCCCAACGGGGACAGCGCCCCCUCUGUGGAGGAGGGGAAGAACAGCUCCGCCACGCCGUCGGGGAAGAGCACCGACGAGGAGGACGAGGAGGGUCCUCCGCCGUCCCGGGGGUCUCCAGCCCUGGCCGCCGCCGCCUCCUCCUGCUCGUCCUCCUCGGCUCAGACCGCCGUCCCGCCCGGCGCGUCGUCCUCGUCCCUCCACCAGCCGCCCCCCCUCCUGCGGCCCUCGCUGCCGGCCACGCCGUCGCUGCACCGCCAGCCGCCGCCCCUCCAGCAGCAGGCCCGCUUCCUGCAGCCCCGCGCCACCUUGCAGCAGCCCCCGCCCCUCAUCCGCCCCUCCACCCCCCUGCCCCCCCGCCUCAACCCCCGCCCGCCGGCGGCCGGUCCCGGCCCCGCCCCCCAGCAGGCGGACCCGGCCUCGGCCUCCUCCCUCCACUGACUGACUGCCGGGAAUCAAACCCUCCACUCGACCGGCUUCAGCCAGCGAAGCUCAUUUCAGAUAAAUUCAGUCAGAAAGUCAGAGAGACGAGACGAUCCGUCAAGACCAUUUUUCUCUUCUUCUGUUUCUCUUCAUUAACAACUUUGACCUUUUCCUACCUUGAAAUAACGAUCUGCUCAUCGAAUAAGAAUCUGAUGAAGCGUCUUAAAUCAUUAAUCUGACUUUCUCAGUGACUUUAUCUUAAAUCAAGUGGAAUAAGAUUCUCUCCCUGAUAAGAAGUCUGAAAGCCUCCGCUGAACGUGGACGAAGCAGGCCGGCUGCUUGAGAAUGUGGAAACUGCUGAAACAGUCCAGAGAUUACAAGAUGAAUUAUCCGAUGGGCUCAGUCAGAAGACCUGCAGGCAGCAGCGAGUGUCAGCUGAAGAGUCGUGGAAGAACAUGAACCAUCUCAAGGGUUUUCAUAGAGUCCGUCCUGAGGCGUCUGAUUGGCUCCUGGCUCAGAGGAGGUGGAGCCUCAUGACGAGCUGAUGUCCUUGUCGCUGUGAGGGACUGGUGCUGUUAAUGUCCUCCUGAGACAAGAACCAGCAGGCGCCUGGAGGCUCCACCUCAGCUGAGGGGAGAAGACUGGCCAGUCGAGCCGCAGAAGCAGACGCCGGUGGCAGCGGAGAGCAGAAACAGCUGUAAAUACUUUAAAUCUGUGAACGAAGAAGUCCGAACUCAGAGGUUCCCGCUUGGGCUGUGUUCCACUGAGGUUCCAGACAGGAACAUGUAGAAGUUCAUUAGACGCUCACUCGGUGAGCCGAGAGGCUUCCAACACGUUAAAGGUGUGGAGCAACGGUCCACUUCACUGCUGUGAUGGAGAGCAUCUCCACGGCAACCGCCUCCGUCCUGAGGGAGUGUCUCCACGGCAACCGCCUCCGUCCUGAGGGAGAGCGUCUCCACGGCAACCGCCUCCGUCCUGAGGGAGAGUCUCCACGGCAACCGCCUCCGUCCUGAGGGAGUGUCUCCACGGCAACCGCCUCCGUCCCGAGGGAGAGCGUCUCCACGGCAACCGCCUCCGUCCUGAGGGAGUGUCUCCACGGCAACCGCCUCCGUCCCGAGGGAGAGCGUCUCCACGGCAACCGCCUCCGUCCCGAGGGAGAGCGUCUCCACGGCAACCGCCUCCGUCCCGAGGGAGAGCGUCUCCACGGCAACCGCCUCCGUCCCGAGGGAGAGCGUCUCCACGGCAACCGCCUCCGUCCCGAGGGAGAGCGUCUCCACGGCAACCGCCUCCGUCCCGAGGGAGAGCGUCUCCACGGCAACCGCCUCCGUCCCGAGGGAGAGCGUCUCCACGGCAACCGCCUCCGUCCCGACGGAGAGCAUCUCCACGGUAACCGCCUCGGUUCCGACGGAGAGCGUCUACACGGUAACCGCCUCGGUUCCGAGGGAGAGCGUCUCCACGGUAACCGCCUCGGUUCCGAGGGAGAGCGUCUCCACGGUAACCGCCUCAUCCUGAUGGACGGUGGUACACAGUGGAGCUGCUGUCAGCUGAUUGGCUGUUUCCCUCCCGCCCUCGUUAUUUAUUGGUCCUCCUCCUGGUGCUCGGUCGGCUCGGACUUGCUGUAAAUAUUGUGAAAGUGCUCUUAAUGCGUUCUGGACUGAAACGUCUCGUAGCAUUAAAUGGAACUACUGUCGUCCUCCA